UUAAGGACACUGAUGAGAACAGAGAGAUCGAGCUGGAUGUUUUAGCAACAGUUAAACUUUCUUAACUCUACUAUGAGGCACUGUGGAAACAUUACACGAUACUGGAUGUAACUGGACAAUGUUGGCUGAUAAGAUUCUUCUUCUUGUGGUAAUCAAACUUAUUUUCUGUGCAUUUUUUCUAAUGGUUUCUAAUGGUUUUCAAAUACGGCCAUAAAGGAUAAAACAAAUUUCUGAAUGCAACAAUGUUAUCCCAUCUCAACUGCACACAGGCUUUGUGAAUUUUACCUUAAAAUCAUCAGAUUCUUGUUAUCACCAUGUCAUAUUUGAGUGGACAUGUGAACGCUGAGGCCACUGUGAGGAUGACACCUGACAGCAUGGACUCCAGCGAGCCGGGAACCCCAAGCGAGGUGAGGCCUCGGGUGAUGGGGGUGAUCCUGAGCAUCGCCUCCUGCCUCAUCAUCUCCACCAACCUGCUGGUGGCAGUUGCUCUUCUUAAGCUACUCCUGAAGAAGAGAAGCCAGAGCUGGUGCUUUGUCCUCAACUUGGCACUGGCCGAUGCCCUGGUGGGUGUGGCCAUCACUGGCAUGGCCACAGAGGACCUCAACAACAACAACAUCAGUCAGAGCCAGCUGAGCUACGUUAAUUCUGAUCCUACCACAAACACAACCCCUCCUGCUCAGGGCAAGACCCGGUGUUUGAUGCGGAUGGCCUUUGUGACAUCGCCCUGCACAGCCUCCAUCAUGUCCAUGUUCCUGAUCUCACUUGACCGCUACGCAGCCAUCAAGAUGCCCCUGCGGUACUCCCAGCUGUCUGGGAAGGGGACAGCACUUGGGUCACUGCUGGCUCUGUGGAUCAGCUCCCUCACUGUGGGAUUCUUGCCAGUCAUGGUGCGGCAGCUGCAGACAGAAGGAUACGGCGGCUUCUGCGCCUUUUUCUCCGUCAUUCACAAGGUGGGCAUGAUUGUGUUAUUCAGCGCGUGCUUCUUCCCCGUGCUCUCUGUAUUCAUUUACAUCUACCUGGACAUCCUGAAGAUUGCCUGCAGCCACCAGAAGCAGAUCUGCCAAGUCAGACAAGCUGGUUCCAGGACGGCUGACCGCCAUAGCCAUCAACAUUAUGAGCAUCAUCACCAGCAGCUGAGGAGCCACUACUGGAGCCACGUCAAGGCCCUGAGGACAGUGGGGGUGCUUGUGGGCUGCUUCUUGGUCCUCUGGUGCCCGUUCUUUGUGGCGUGCAUUGUGCACCUUCUGUGUGAAAGCUGCCAACUCACCAACGUGUUGGAGAAUUAUCUGUGGCUGUUGGGACUGUCCAACUCGCUGAUCAACCCACUGGUGUACGCCUUUUGGCAAAGGGAGGUACGGCUGAAGUUGGCAGCCAUGUUUUCUUGCUUUACAGGCAGGUCAUUGGCUGCUGGACCACCAGGUGUCACAGAAACAUGUGACCCGCAGCCAACUGUGCUGACUCCAGUUGGUGCUUCUGCUGGAGGCACCCUCAACCCUUCGCUGCUGCGGCCAAUUAUCAGCAACGAUAAGGUUCACACUGUGCCACGAUCUGCCACAACCAGCCUGUGAGAGACACUUGGAAAUAGAGGCAACAACAACAACAAUAAAAAGGUGGUGCUUUUUUUUGUUUAGUCAAUGUGAUGUUCUGGAAUAGAGGUCUGUAAGCCAAAAAUAAAAUUAUAUUUAAUAUAAAGUAUUAAAUAUUAAAUUUUCAAUGGUAGACUUAUUAUUUUGUUACUCUUUACUCAUUCCACAUGAUAUAUUCAGUAGGGGAGACCAGGGACGGUUGUAACACGGGAUAGCUGUGACACUUUCAAUUUCUCCAACCAGGAACAAGCUAUGACACAUCUGAUUCACUUAGUACCACUAACGUUACCUGGAACAAUAAUGCUCUUGUUAUCUUUCCUUCCAACAAAAUUCAAGUAAUCGUAAUAUUUCCAAUCGCCUUCAUCUUCCAAACUAGCUUACUGCUCUGUGGCGUGCAUGCACAGUGUGAUGAUUACGAAAAUGAAUCCACUGAUCCAACAAAAGUAAUGAUAAAUUAGUUUCACCACCUGUUAUUGAAAAAACAAUAUUAUUGCAGUCACUGCCCAGCACUGGUCACAGCUAACCCGGACUAUGGCAUGAAUAUUAACAUUUUACUCAUUGUGUUUGAGACUGAAGUGUGCAUUUUUUGUUUGUGUAACGGAGAUAAUAGCUGCAUCAUUUUGAACACACUGGUUUAUAAGAGCUCCAAGAUACAGACAGAAAUGUCACAAAUGUUACAACCAUUCCCGGUCUCCCCUAGUAAUCUAUAUGGUGGCAGUAAAGAAAUAACAAAUAUCAUAAUUCUGGUUUAUUACGGCCCGCUUUUUAGCCAUGCUAGUGACAUGGCUCUGUGUAAGGGUAAUACUUGUCUGCUGUUUGAGUGACAGAAGGAAGGAGACUCAUAACUACAUAAGCAUAAUGCAUUCAUUUGAGGAAAAAAAUGUAUGUAUAUUUGCCAUGUUUUUCAGAAUGAACAAGAUUAUUAUGGCAAGAUUAUUAUCUUAGAAUUCUAAUAAAUUUUCAUGCUUGUUAUUGCAAAUUAACAGCUGUAAUUCGGAAAUUAUUUUCCCAUGAAAACUUUUCUCAUAAUUCUGAGAGAGUAAUUUUGAUUGUUUUGUUCUCAAGUGAAUUCAUUACGCCCCCGUACAUAACAGUGACAGCACUACUGUGUCAUUUAAAGAUUUGCUUCACAGUUCCCAGUGAAGCUGGAGGGUCAAAGGCAGCAGGAAGCAGGAACAGAGUUCAGCGGUCCAGUUUCACAGACUUUGACAUGAGCUCCUGAUAAGUCUGCAAGGGUUCAGGCCCGUCCCACUGUGGAAUAAGUGCCCGAGGGGUGCUCACUGACUUUUUGAACCCUUUAUGCACACUUACUGCAAGUCUGCUAUCCCUCAGAGACUUGUCGAGGACACUGCCUGUGUGCAGCUGGAGGAGAAAACCCAAAAGGCACUUGGCUGUUGUGUUAUAAACGGAUGAUUGAAGAAAGUGAAAUUCAAAAUAAAGGAUUUG